AUGGUCAAAACUAUUCUCCAGUUAAUUAUUCUGCUGCAUAUCGGGAAGCACUACGUUAUGGGAAGCUUGGGGGCUUUGAAAGCAGGAAAUUUCAAGAACUCAUCGACUGAUAAAACAGAAGAUGCGAAUUUGAUUGAUUUUCAAGUAUCAGACGGCAAGUGCCACAGACGAAAGGAGACGCAUACCCUAUCGACAUCUGAAGAGUUCCAAGAUAACAUUGGGAUCAUGCCCAAGGCUCCUAACGUAGAAAGCACUGCUCAUCCUAGGUCUACUGUUGAUAAAACUGAAACGGCUGUGCAGGAAGUAAUCUUCGCUCAUUUGUGA